CUGGCGCUCUCCUGCGCUCUCCAUCUCAGUCCUUAUCCCGCCACUGCCUGCGCGUCUCUCUUUCUCUCUCUCUCCCCCGCACUCUCUCUCUCUCUCUAUUGCUCUCUCUCUCUCUUUUUCUCUGCCCCCUGCCUCCUUCCCUGCCCUCAACACACAUGCACUCUCCUACAAUCAGAGACGCAGUCUUCUUGCCACACAUCUAGACAUAAACACUUACACAACACACAUGUCCCCUUCCACAUGCGCGCAGCCACUCAGUCCAUCAGAGUCCAACAUACCUGUGCAGGCUGGGGGAAGCGCUGCCGGAGGGGGUUUUCGGCAGCAACGUCUCUGAGGGUGCUCCGCUGUCAUUUGUGGGAAGAAGCGGCUCUCAAUUGUUUCCUCUUUCCUCUUCCUCUCAUUCCUGGAAUGCUAAAACUGGACUGAUGGACAUUUCAGAACUUUGUCUCCCAGACCCUAUCAGCUAUCAUAACCAGGCUUUGUUGUCCAAUUCAUUAGAGAGAUUCCUGAGUCCACUGGCCACGCUGGAGCCUUCUCAUUUCUGGCUGCUGAAUAGAAUGGCCGCUGAUGAUCGGCACCUACCCUCCAGCUGCGGGUCCUACAUUAAAACGGAGCCUUCCAGUCCAUCCUCGGUCAUCGACACGGUCAGCCACCAUAGUCCCAGCGGCAACUCUGAUGCUAGCGGUGGCUAUGUCAGCACCAUGAACAGCCACUCCAACGGCCUGGACUCUCCACCUAUGUUCACCCCCGGUGGGCUAGGAGCCGGCGCCUGCCGCAAGCGCUAUGACGACUGCUCCAGCACCAUCAUGGAGGAUUCAUCCAUAAAGUGCGAAUACAUGUUGAACUCCCUCCCCAAGAGGCUGUGCCUGGUCUGUGGAGAUAUAGCUUCGGGGUACCACUAUGGUGUGGCCUCUUGUGAGGCCUGCAAAGCCUUUUUUAAAAGGACAAUACAAGGCAACAUUGAAUACAGCUGUCCUGCCACAAAUGAGUGUGAGAUCACAAAACGGAGACGCAAAUCAUGUCAGGCUUGUCGCUUCAUGAAAUGCCUCAAAGUGGGGAUGCUGAAAGAAGGUAAGAAGAGGGUACGCUUGGACCGAGUUCGAGGGGGCAGACAAAAAUACAAGAGGAGGUUGGACACAGAAAACAACCCAUACCUGGGUUUGGCGCUCCCCCCUCCUACCAAAAAGCCUCGUGAGUACUGCCCCGUCACUAGCCCAUUGUCUCCCAUCUCCGUCGCGCCUCCUCUGCCGGGCAAGCAAUCAGUCACGAAGAUAGUAUCUCACCUUUUGGUGGCAGAGCCAGAGAAAAUCUACGCAAUGCCUGACCCCACCAUGCCGGAGAGCGACAUAAAGGCUCUUACCACACUGUGCGACCUGGCUGACCGCGAGCUGGUCGUCAUCAUCGGCUGGGCCAAGCACAUCCCAGGAUUUUCCACCUUGUCUCUGGGAGACCAGAUGAGUCUGCUGCAGAGCGCCUGGAUGGAGAUCCUCAUCCUGAGCAUCGUGUUCCGCUCUCUGCCCUACGAGGACGAGCUGGUAUACGCCGAGGACUACAUCAUGGACGAGGAGCACUCGCGGCUGACGGGCCUGCUCGACCUCUACGUGUCCAUCCUGCAGCUGGUCCGCAAAUGCAAGAAGCUCAAAGUGGAAAAGGAGGAGUUUGUCACACUCAAGGCCAUCGCUCUCGCCAACUCAGACUCCAUGCACAUAGAGGAUAUGGAGGCGGUCCAGAAGCUGCAGGACGCUCUGCACGAGGCCCUGCAGGACUACGAGAGCAGCCAGCACCCGGAGGACCCGCGGCGGGCGGGAAAACUGCUCAUGACCCUGCCCUUGCUGCGGCAGACGGCCACCAAGGCCGUGCAGCACUUUUAUAGCAUCAAGGUGCAGGGCAAGGUGCCCAUGCACAAACUGUUCCUGGAGAUGCUGGAGGCCAAGGUCUGAUUCUUGGAGCUGCUUUAGUGCUGUACCGUGAGACUUUUUGGAAGCAAGAUUUAGAGGGUGCUC